CUUGAUAUCGUGGGGAAGGUUGCGUGGCCUUCUUUUGCUACCCUAUUAUCGUAUACUCAACAGUCAACAGAGCAGGUUGCCACAAGCUACUACGACGAUGGCGAUGCUCACCCGCCCCAAUAUCACGGCCUUGUGUGCCUACGGUACCCAUCUCUUCAGAUGCCACAGUCUGCGCCAUUACAAGUCUCAAGCUCUUGUUCGCCUAAUUGUUCCAGUGGAGAAGUUAGGUCGUCAACAGCUUAUCAUGCCCAAGCUUCACAUGGUGGGUCGUCGGAGCAUCAGUACCCGGGUUACGUCUCCCUCAAACGCUUCUGGACCUAUCGAUUCGCCAUUGAUGCAGUCGAUGCAGAACAAGAUUAAAGAAGAAUUGAAUGCGGAGUUAGUAACAGUUAAUGAUGCUUAUGGUGAUGGGCGGCAUGUUAGCAUUGAUGUUGUGUCUUCAGCUUUUGAGGGAAAGUCUGCUGUGAAUAGACAGCGGAUGGUAUACAAAGCCAUAUGGGAGGAACUUCAAAACGUGGUGCAUGCAGUUGACCAAAUGACAACCAAGACCCCUGAGGAAGCAGCAUCAGGGAAAUGAAGUCUUCUUUUAUAUGAAUGAUCUUAUACAUCUGGUCUGAUAAAUUCACUUUUAUUUGCUUCUUUUGUAAUCAUUGGAUCAUAAAUGUAGAAUCUUUUCAACAUUCUUCACUGAACACUACGAAAAUAGCUCAACUAUUA